GUUGAUAAAGAUUUCGAAGAAGAGGAACGUCGAUUUAAAAGUCUUGAGUCAAAAUGUGAGAAAUUACAUAAAGAGGCGAAAGGAUACUUGGAUUCUUUGCGUGCUAUAACUAGCGCACAAUCACGUAUAGCAGAGACUAUUGAACAUUUUUAUGAAGAUUCAACCGAUGAUUCAUUGGCUGGAAAGAAAUAUAAGAAUACUAUAGACCGUAUUGAACAAGAUUGUCGUGAAUACUUGCGUGCUAAAGUACGCAAGUUAGUCGAUAAGCCAUCAGAUGAUGCCAAUAAAUUACCAAGGGCUGAACAAGCUGCUAAUGAAGCUCGUGAGAUUUACGAAUCAUUGAAUACUCAACUAGUUAAUGAAUUACCUAGAUUAAUAGAUCUUCGA